CUGUUCCAGGCGAUGAAGAUGAGCAAAGUGGGCAACCAGACCAAUUCGCAGGACCCACAGGCGGUGAACUCCCGGGUUUUCGUCGGGAAUCUAAACACGUUUCAGUGCAGCAAGACCGAUGUGGAGCGAAUGUUUCAGCGUUACGGCCGUCUGGCAGGAAUAUCUAUGCACAAAGGCUAUGCAUUCGUGCAAUUCACAAAUCCCUUUGAUGCCCGGAGCGCCUGCCUCGGCGAAGAUGGCCGCACCGUUCUUAGCCAGAUACUCGAUGUCAACAUGGUGGCCGAACCGAAACCUCAUCAAACCGGACGCAAACGGCAGAAUGUGACCAAAACUGGCAACGAUUGGGACUACUACUAUGACAGUUACUACGCGUCGACUGCUUUCCCACCCCGUUUGGCGCCGCCGUUGAAGAGACCACGUCUGAUGCCACCGGCUCGAUCGCAACACCCGAAGCAGCAGAAACAGCAACCGGCUGCGAACGUGGCCACCGUUCCGGAUUUGAAUCAGCUGAAAGUCUACAGCAAUCCGGACAUCCUGAUCUGUGGCAACUGCAGAGAGAUGUUUACAGACCUGGGCGAGUUGCUCGAGCACAAGCGAAAUUACUGCAAACUGCGGUUCACAUGUAAAUGUCACACUUUCAAUGGAACAGCCCCAAGAGACUCUACAACGGCUCUGCUCUGCGUUCUCUGCAAGGUAUCAUUCCCUUCAGCAUGGGAAUUGAUGGUUCACGCUCAGGCAGCUCACAUGAUCAACAUUUACGAGUUGGGAACUCGACCCCAGAGUCCCAGAUCCGCUCCCAGCCCUCCGCAAAGUCCAAGCCAGCAUCAGAAGGAAUCAUCGCCGUCACCGCAAGAUUUCCAAGAGACGAAGGCGUCGGAUUGCUGCGAGGAGCGCGCAGAAGAAGAGGAUCUGGAUGGGCACGAAUUGCUGCCAUCACCGGACAGCGGCAAGUCAACGGACAAUGAAGCGGCUCUGUCACCGAUUAAGAUACGAUCUGAUGUAAAUGGACUGGACCACGAGGAAUGCGACGAGCUGAUUCACGUUGAAAACACCACGCAAACUUGCAUCAUGCACACCCUCAGCAUUGACUCGUCCUUGGAGCUCAACUCUGACACGAACUCGAGGGGAAGUUCUGGCCCAGUCAUGGCGUUGACUAAUGGAUCCUUGUCCGCGAAGGAAUAAGUCGGAAAAAGUAUUAGUCAUUGCAACACACGGUUCACCCUGUUCAGGGAUUCCUGCACCAACGCCACCAAUGAGACAUAUCGAUCUCCUUUAAGGAUAACACUCCCCCCCCCCCUCUGUAUAUAGCUUAAAUGCCUAACAAAUAAUUCAGGGUCGUCUCAUGCCAGAUCUGGGACCUAUUUUGGCGAAUUUAGUAUCGAUGGAUUUCGAAUCGCCCCGAGGAUUCGACGAACGCGAAAGAUUUAAAGCGUUUCGCCUCCAUUUACGUCCAUCUCGUCGAUUAAUCCUCUCCUUUUUUUCCUCCUUCUUCUUCUUCUUCUUCUUCUUCUUCUUCUUCUUUUCUCACCUCCUUGUAGAAUCCCUCUUCCAUAGAAUCUAGUCCCCAAGACAAAUCGUUUUUCGCGAGCUCGCACUCGCGCGAACGAGAGCGUCGAUUUCUUCAUGUUCGUUUGCUCUAUUUUUCUUUUUCUUUAUCCUCAAAAAUCUCUCUUUCUCUCUCUCUCUCUCUCUCUCUCUCUAUUGUCGCAGACGUACGAGAGAAUUCUGACCGAUGGAAAUUACACUUGACGACUUCGAACACUCGGGAGAAUUUCUUCUAGUCGCGGUAUCUAGUCUCCUCUCGUCUGUGAUACGAUACUAACUUUCUCAUCGAUCUCCAUCGCAGGGACGAUGGCCGUACGCGGCACGUCGCCAUGAAACGUGCAACCGGAAGAUUUGUCCAGCUUGCUGUCCCACCUCCCCGCAGAGACGAGCGAAGAUUUUAUUUCAUUUUUUUUUUUUUUUUUUUUUUUUUAAGCAGACGCCACGUAGGAAUCCUGAGUAGGGUUCGCGUUGCGUUAAUGGAUUCUUUUUCUAGCGUCGUUGAGAAAUAGGUGAAAACCAGGCCGUCCGUUUGUGGUAGCGUUUUAUGAAAAUUACAUGUAGUCUUCCGGAGAUCCUCCCCUUCCCUGCCACCUGGCGUAGAUCGCACAGCAACGAGAGAGAGAGAGAGAGAGAGAGAGAAACGUCCGCUCCUCCCCUCUCGGAGAAUUAGUUAAUUAAUCGCGUUCCUUUUUAAUUCCCCGAAGGGGACCCUCCGUCUGGAUUUUACUCUUUAAAUUGCGCCGCGCUGAAUCCGAGAUUAACUCGAAUCGGUAUAAUAUGAUUGCUCCUGUGAAAAAAAAAAAAGAAAAACGUUUGAAAAUAUUCGUAUAUUCAUAGAGAGACGGUAGACGAGAAACAGAAGAACGAACUGUGUGUCGAAAGGGCAAGAUUUCGCGAGGGCGAAAGUCUACCCAAUGUACAAAACGGAAUCCAUUUGAUUUUCGAUUAGCUCGCGACCGGAGCUUUCCCUCCCUCACGGUAAAAUGAACAAUUCGAUUAUCGAGAUACACGUCACGUACACCUCGAAGAAAAACAGCUGUGCAAUCUCCGAUCUACAAGUACCAUUGUAAAUAAAUUGAUUCCCGUGAAUCUCCCGUAGCUCGGCCUCGUAAAAAUGAAGUCGAUUAGCUUUCUAAGCCGGGCAUGUUGAUCGUCGUCAACGCUUAAUUACCGGUUAGGACGAUUGUAAAUAUUCGUGUUUUAACCUCGAAUUGGCGUGAAGACGGGGCAGCCUACGUUACGUUUUCACCCUAGGAUUAAUUAGGGGGAAAGAACGAACGCCGAACACCGCGAAACGCUUUAAAUCACGCCGGGGGAAAUCGUUCUUGACUCCGCGGGCUGUUUUCACAUCGAGCACUGAUAAAAAAAAAAAAAAAAAAUCAGCCUGGAUCCGACGCUGACGUAGUCACGAUGUACACACCGAUACGAUUGAGACGUUUUCUUUUUUUUUUCUUUUUUUUUUUCGAUUCGGUUGGCAAAUAGAAAGCUGUGUAUUGACACUCGUCAACAUUGCGAACGAGGAGAGAGAAGAAAGGAGAGAAAGAGAGAAAAAAACAAGAAAUUCUCUAUUAUCAUUUCCCACACGGUAGAUAAGAUCUAUGGCUAUGCGAAAUUGAUUUUAUAGAGUCGACGGAAUGUGUGUGUGUGUGUGUGUGUGUGAGUGUGUGGGAGAGAGAGAGAGAGAGAGAGAGAGAGAGAACGAAAGAGCGCGAAAGAAAGAAAGAAAUACACACACGGGAGAGUAAAGCCUGGUUUAUUAAUCGCGAGGAGGAAGAAGAAAAAAAGAAAAAGAAAAAAAAAAGAAAAAGAAAAAGAUACGGUUAGCAUAUCAAACGUGUAUUUUUGAUGAGAACAGUAAGUUGCGUGUGAAUGCGGUUUCUUUUCCUCCAGCGAGAACGAACAGAGGCAAGCAUCGUCCAAUUUAGCGUAACCGUUUAGGAGAACGAAGAGCUGCUUAUGGUCGCUGGAAUGAAGAAACUCGCGCACCAUCGUGAAAAACCGCGGCGCACGAGAGACGAUGGCGUCGCGAACCAUUUGGAUUGAGUGCACGAACUCGGUCAUUUCUCGAUAUAUACAUACGUAUAUAUACAUACAUAUAUAUCGCGUUAUAUAUUCGCGAUUCUUUCAUUUCGUCCUUUUCGUGCUAUUAUUUGCAACUGAAAAUGCAACAGAAACGGUGUGGAAUGAAUCUCCACGAGCUGCGGUCGCUCGCGAUCGCUCGAUAUCGAUUUCUCGGUUACUUGCAGGUUCUUCCUUUUCGUCGUACGUACGUAAAUAGUUCACGCCAAAGAGAAAAGAUCAAACACCCGAUAAUUUCUAGCCUUGAAUCGUGCACCGUUCGUUCGCGCCGUCGACGAAACUGUGUUUCCACCUUGAAAUCGACAGAAAGGAUCGGCGAUCGGAGACUGAGGAACGGAGAUUGACGAACGAUGCACGCGCAACGAGAAUGGAGUUAACUUUAUAGGUGUCAUUAUCGUUGAACGUCGUAAAAUGCUAUCACACCCUAAAAUACCCAGCCAAACCCCGAACCUACCGAAAUAAUAAGCGUUCAAUGGUGGUUGCUUCCUCGAGAAACGCUUUGAGACUCGAUUCGCAACGAUCGAUGCUUUAAACGAAAGGGAGAGAAGGGCUAGGGCUGCGAAUAUCCGCCCGACAGAUGAUCGUGCAGAUUUCCAUUUCUCUCUCUCGUAUAUAUCUAUAUAUAUAUAUAAAGGAAAACUGUAAAACGAGCGUAUGGAUUUUCGUUUGACAUAACGCAUCUACCGAAACGAAGAUAGAGAUACGUGCACCUUGAAACAACAGUUCGAAAAGAAUUCUAAACAGCGUUGGCCAAGCAGAGUUGUCACAGCAAACGAGAACGCGAGAUAUCGAAACUCCGUUUCGAUAGAGAUUCAUCUCAACGGACUUGUUGCGGUUUCAAGGUCACCGAACGAGCGUCAAAAUUUAUACUUUAUCGAAACACGCGGGGUUGCACGCCUGUGCUGCAGUUUCGCCAAGCGUAUAUUUAUUAUUAUACGUAGCCGUCUGUGUAUUGUUUAUGCAAUUUAUUACGUGUACCUAUUGUAACAUAAUUAUUCUAAUAGCGGCGAGAAUGAAAUAUCCUGAUUCACGGUGCGUAAGUAUGACGAAUCACAGUUGGAUCGUUGUCACGCGCCGUGUCAAUAAACGAAACGGUAUUUAUUGAUGAUCGAUACGACGAUAGAGGCGACAUCGAUCAUGCGUAUUUCUAAUGUUUCUACGAGUUAUUAUCGUUAUUAUUGCUAUUGUUUAACCGUAUAUACACACGUUCGCAUAUUAUAUUUUGAACACGCACGAGCCACGAGCGACGAGGCCUGCUUUUCGAGCCUGGGGUCGUUCGUACGAGGCUUUCCACGCAAUUCUAUCGAUAAUUGAGCAAACAUAAUCAAGAAGAGAGUUGCGGAUAACUUCGGCAGCCCUAGAACGACGAUUGUAAUCAAAUCAGUGGUUUCUUCUUCGAGACCCUCGACGUAACGCGUACAGAUCUUUCCUCUGUGACUGUUCGAUCAUUGAAAUUUCUGAGAUGUCAAAAAGUGAAAAAAAAGAAGGAGUCGUUCGACGUGAGAAAAUCACGAAACAUUGGAACAACUUUUAAUCGUUCUCUUUACUUUGUACCCAUCUGACAAGAUGUCUUUGGUUCCUUAUCGUCUUUGCAAUCUCGGACAGAUGGAUCAACUUCGAAAACUAUUGCCUCGUUUACGUUGUUGAUAACUUCAGAAGAGAUUGACAGAUCGAAGAAUCUUUGUUUCGCGAUUUUCUCAUGUAGACGAGACCACGUGUUAAGUAUCAUCGAGGCCGACUAUAUAAAUCCUGGUAAAUGUCACGUUCCAGUGAUACGCGUAAGAGACCAAUAUCUCGUGAUUCAAACAUACAUUGUUCGUAUCAUACAGCGUGUCGCGAGUAUUUUGCAUUGGGAAUCACGGAAGGAAGCACUGAUCGUGACAAGAUGACAAGCUGGAUUCUUACUUGACGAGGAAACGCGUUAUCGUACCCUUAGCGAUGUGUAGAGUUAAGCUACCUUAAUCAUUUACUAAAGAGUGAUCUAUAUAGUUUAUCCGUAUUCACCGAGUAUAUCCGUAAAACGAAAAAAAAAAAAAUAACAAGAAAGAGAGAGAGAGAGAGAGAGAGAGAGAGAAAGGGGGAGAGAAUGAUAGAGAGAGAAUGAGAGAGUGAGAAAGUGAAAGAUUGAAAGAAUGAGUCAGAGAGAAGAAUCGUCAUCGGCUGAUGAGAAAUGGAAAAGAUUUGGACGAAAAUCAUAACGUCGAUCGAGGUGUUCUCAUAAAGGAACUCAAGAACCUCGGCCGCUUUUCUUCCUGCGUUCUUUCUUCGUAAGAGCAUAAAGAAAAAAGAAAACAAAACAAAAAAAAAAAAAAAUUGAGGGAUACAUUUAUCUAUGUUAAGUUACGACUAGAUCCUAGAAACGAGAGUUAUUUGUUCAUAGUCCUAUAAAAAAUUACACACACGUACGUGUAUAUGUACAUACUAUAUAUUCACAUGUGUGUGUGCGUGUAUACGCGUGAAACACGUACAUGUAUAUAACGCAUGUGCAUAUACAUAUAUAUAUAUAAAAACAAUGUUUUAUGAAUCAUUAUCAUCUGAAUAAAAAAAUACGUUAAGUCUUUUAA